AGGCUUAUCUCCCGCGUUUUAGGUUUUUGUUGGUAUUCGUGUGAACUUUGGCGCCAUUACAUAGCUCAUCACAAAUGGUGGAGAUUUGCGUUGUGUUUUCGCUUAAUUAGAAUAAAUUGUUCUAUUUAUUUUUGUGGUUUGUGUGAAGUUGAAUUAAUUGAAACUUAUUAAAAUGUUUAUCGAAGUGAGAACAAUUGAUUCUAAGAAAAAAGCCGUUGUCGAAACAUCUAAAGCGUACACGAUCCGUGACCUCAAAGGAAAAAUCGAAAAAAGCUUGUCAAUUGAUCGCAAGAAACAGCGACUUUUUUUUAGAGGGAAACAGUUGGAAGACUCUCAUCUGCUCGUAGACUAUAAGAUCAACUUGAAUGAUGUUGUCCAAGUUAUGGAGAUGGUCAGUGGACCGCCUGCGCCAUCACCAAGCGACUCUGAAAGAUCUACAACUGAAGACAGUAAUACACCUAAGGUAAAGCAAGAAAUGGGAGAGAGUAAAUAUUAUGAGAUUGGAGACUGUGUUGACGUAAAGGAAAGCCCGGAGACAGGCUGGGUCGAGGGAAAGAUAAAGAACAUAUGGAAGAACAAGGAUGAACAAGACAGCAAGGGCAACACGGAGGGUCUGACUUAUGUUGUGGAAAGUCAGAGGUUCGGGGAGCUGGACUUGACAGAGACGUCCACAAUACGGCCUCGCGCCAGGGACCCAGUGGAGAUUGCAGACCUGAACCCAGGCGACCGAGUGCUAGUGAACUACAACAUCCAGGAGCCAGCGAGUGCGGGGUUCUGGUUCGACUACACCGUCGCCAAGGUGGUGUUGACCAAGUCGAAGAAGGAGGUGGUGGGCACGUUGCACAUCACCGAGGACAACUACCUCGACGACGUCAGACCCCCCUCCCUGGAGUUCCUCAAGGUCGUCGUGCCCAAGCCACGCUCGGAAAUGACUGAGGAGGAACUGAGUCUCAUGAAAACUGACACCAAACCCCGCAAGAUGCCUCCCGUGUGCGCCCACUGCCAGGACAACCCCAAGCGCAAGUGCCGGGAGUGCAGCUGCGUUGAGUGCGGCGGCAAGGACCACCCUGAGCAGCAGAUGCUGUGCGACGAGUGCAACUCCGCCUACCACCUCACCUGCCUGGACCCUCCGCUCGAGGAGAUACCGGACUCCGAGUACUGGUAUUGUCCGAGGUGCAAGAUAGAUGAAAAUGAGAUAGUGAAGGCGGGGGAGAAGUUGAGGAAUGUGCCGAAGAGCAACGCUAAACGCUACACCUGCAAGCGGGAUUGGGGUAAAGGUAUGGCAUGCGCUGGCCAGACCAAGGAGUGCACCAUCGUACCUCGUGACCAUUUCGGCUCCAUCCCGGGGGUGGAGGUGGGCAGCUGCUGGAAAUUCCGUGUCCAGGCAGCAGAGGCUGGCGUGCACAGAUUCCACAUGGGAGGGAUUCACGGGCGCGCUGGCGUGGGUGCCUUCAGUCUAGCCCUGAGCGGAGGCUACGAGGAUGACGAGGACAGGGGCUUUGAGUUUGACUACACUGGGUCAGGCGGGCGGAACCUGUCGGGGAACAAGAGGACUGCCCCUCAGAGCUGCGACCAGAAACUCAACAGGCAGAACGAAGCUCUGGCAAGAAACUGCAAUGCCCCGUUGUGUGAGGACGGAGCGGAGGCAAAGGACUGGAAAGGCGGAAAGCCUGUGCGUGUCAUCAGGAACUACAAACUUGCCAAGCAUUCCAAGUUUGCCCCGGCGGAGGGCAACAGGUACGAUGGGAUAUACAAAGUGGUGAAGUACUACCCGUCGGUCGGGAAGUCAGGCUUCAAGGUGUGGAAGUACCUGCUGCGUCGGGAUGACCCAAUGCCUGCCCCGUGGACUCCUGAAGGCCAGAGGAGGAUAAAAGAGCUUGGCAUAACCAUGCAGUACCCGGACAACUGCCUGGAGAUGAAGGAGAACGAGGAGUCCAUGAAGGAGAACGCCGUGACUCCGGUGGUCGAGGAUGGGGAGGAGCAGGAUGAUGCGAAGCCGGCCAAGAAGCGCGGCAGGAAGCGCAAGCACGACGGGGUCGCCCCAAAGGGCCAGGGGCUCCUGCCAUUUCUGAAGAAGCCGCGCGUAGAGCCGCAGGCGAUGGAGUUCCGGCUCGACCCCAACACAGAGAAACUCAUCGACGAGGACGCCAACAAGGGCCUGUGGGACAAGUGUCGUCUCAUGCUCAAGGAAGGCAAGCUGAAAUUCCUGGAUGCUGUUAUGGAUACGUUCAUGUGCAUUUGCUGCCAAGAGCUGGUGAACCGCCCAGUCACCACAAAAUGCUUGCACACAUUUUGCAAGAGUUGUCUAAACAGAUCGUAUGCAGCUGGAGUGAUGACGUGCCCGUGUUGCCGGGCAGAUCUGGAGGAGAAGAGCAAGCUGAAAGAUAACGAGUGUCUCUCCUCCAUUCUCGUCACCCUGUUCCCAGGAUAUAACACCCAUCGAGACUAGAGCUAACUGGCAUUUUUUUUUUAAACUGCAGAGGUGGAGUGUCCAGUUAGCUGGUCACAUGAACUCUAUAAACUGAACAGUUAGUGACUGAGAAAGUGUCGUACAUUUGUGUUGGAUUCCUCGAUGUUGGUGGCUUAUUAUUCCAUUUUGACUUGUCUUGAUUUACUGUAUUAUGUAGAAGUGUAUGGCAAGUUUAUUUCUAAGACAUGUGGUACUUGGUACCAUUCUGAGUGCAGUGCUUUUUUUUUAUUACUGCAUUUCCACCUGUAGCUAUGAUGUGCUAUUUUUAUCUACUUAUAAUUAAGUUUGGUGAGUUAUUUUUAAGUUUAUUAGUAUCUGUUAGGUUACUUAUUAUAAGUUUAGUUAAGUUAGUAGCUAUUUGUUAAGUUGUAUCAUUUGUUAGAAAUAUUACUGUGUUGUUUUUAUUAUAGUUCAGAUAUAUUUCACACAUGCCUACAAAGACAUGGUAAUCAUUUAACAUUUUUAACAGUGAAUCUCAAUUGUUAUUUUGUGGUAUGUUUAUCCCAUUCCAUUUUACAUAUUGUUUUACAUUCCUAGUUUGAAUUUUUUGUAAAUUGUUCUUAUGCACAUGUACAAUUUUAAGCCUUUUACAUUCCAUUUCAGUUUACAGCAUUCCAUUCUGUAUAAAGAAGUUGAGUUCUACAAAUUUACAAGACUGAAGUACUAUUUUAUAGCUUUCCCACGUUAUCUAUUAAGUUUGUGUGAAACCAAUAUAGAUAUUCUAAUAAAAUUAAAACAAAAAUGAAAAUUCUUCAUCAAUGUUGAUAUCUUAUUGAAAUUUUUAUUCCAGAAUUAGAAUAAUUAGAAAUCCUUUAUUCAUUUGAAACAUGAAUAGUGUUGUGCAAUGGAAAUUAACUGACACAAAUAAUGUUUGCUUCUCAACUCAUCAAACAAAAGAAAAAUUAUGCAUGAAAUUGUGAAUUAAUUAGUAAUAUUAGUGAUGGGCGAUAUGAAUUAAAACUGAUACCAAUCCAACUAAUGAUUCAUCUCUUUUACAGAUCCGAUAAAUUAUACAAAAACAAAACUGAUUCAAUACUUUUUGUAAAUAAACACAAUUCAAGUCUCCAGAAAGUUAAUAUUUUUAGUAAUUAAUAGAAUUAUUUAUUAUAGUUUUUUUUAGUAGGUAACAAAAAAAAAGCACUUUACCUUAUUAAAUUUGUGCAUAGCCCAAUACCGUGUUUUAUCGCAUGAUCGUGGCACAUUUUAUACUAAAAUAAAAUUUAAAAAGUAAGGUUGCAAAUUUUAUUCGUAAAAACAAAACCUAUGCAUGGAAAGUACUUUUAUUUUAAAAGUAGAGCAUACGAAUGCACGCUUAACUAUUUAAAUUAAUAAGUCAUGAAACAAAAACAUUUUGUUCAACUUUAAAUGGAAAAACGAAAACUGACACAAAAACUGUGAGUCGGAACGCAUAACUAUCGUAGUACACAUCACGAGAAAGCGUAGGCUAUCAAAUGUAGUUAACUUGACACCAGGCAGAGCGCGCGUGUUGGAUGCAAUCAAUGAGCUAUCUGUAUCUAUAUUCGACUGCAUGGGCAAACUAUACGGGAAUCAACAUAACCAAACAUGAAUGAGGCCAACCAUACGCUGGCUACAUUUUUAUAAGCUGUACACAUCGGCGACGAAGACGAAAAGAUAAAGGUUAUAAUGUUUGAAAACGUCUUUAAAAGAAAAUUUACACAUUAGACAACUUUGUAUUUCUGUUAAUUAAAUAAUUGAGUUGUAAUAUCCAAUUGAAUAUUAGAUUUCAACUUUAAAAUACAUUGUUUUAUACGUAAAAACUACCGACGCAAAGCGCUCAGAAUCUAAAAACAUCAUGCAACGUUUAUGUAAGGAAUUUUUUUUCUCCAAAUUUUGAUGUCCUAAAAUAACUGUGCAACGAUUAUGCGAUAAAACAAGGUACACAUUAUACCCUUGACUAAUUAAAUGAAGUACAACAUUGAAGUAAAGUCUUAAUUACAGAAAUAUUGGUGUAAAAGAUGCUUGCGGAACUAUAAACAGGCAAGUUGAAAUUAUUGGUAACACCCGAAUGGAUGAAACAAUUGUAUCGUAAAUUAUAUCAGCCAACUUUGAUAGAAAACUAUUACAUCGGUACAUCACUAAUGUUAGGUAAUGCAGUUAAAAUACCUUCCUUUUAUAUGUUAUGUUCUCAGCAAGGGAGGUCCAUCAGCCGGUAAGGGAAUAAGUAACACCUACUGUAUUGCUGGCUCUUUUUCAUUAAAAUAUGUUUGCAUCCAAAGUUAAAUAGUGUAAAUAAUUGCAAAGUACAUGUUUGCUCAACUUUUUGAUGAUGUGUUCCUGAACGAAGAUGAAUUUUUCAUCUAUUUCUAAUUACACUUUCAUUUUUCUCUUGAACAGAUUGCCUAAAUUUCUGUAGAAAGAGGAUAGUGUUGUUCAACAUCGUAUCCCCAGCAUUUGAAGUGUUAGUAGCUACUCUGUAGUAAAAUAGUUCCAUUGAUUGAAACAAGAGGAAUAAAAACUAAAUUACAUAAGACUACACCAUUGGUGGACAGUCCUCAGAGGUCCCUUCUUCCGGUUAUGCAACUUUUAGUGACAUCACACACAGGCAUACGUGGAAAAUCAGAUGGCGAUUCCAGGAAAUCAUUUGUAACUUUUUGUUAUCAUAAACUUAAAAACUGGUCUCCAUUCACUUGGUUGGGCUGCAGAGAAAAUUUUUUGACUAUAAAUUAGACUGACCUUCAGUUUAAUUGAAUUUAAUUAUGACUUGAGUGGUUAACUAUAUUAAUUCAGUUCUCCAUACCAUUAAUCAGAUCAUCGAAAGUCCCGAAAAUCAUGAAAAAGUAAGUAAACUGAAGGACUGGUCACAAAAGUCGCUAAAAAGUCCUUAAAUAGGUAGGGAGGAGAUUAUAUAUAAUGAAAUUAAUCAACAUAUUUAAUCAAAAUUCAACUCAGAUUACAAAUAUGUAAUCUUUUAAUAUAUUAAAUUCAAUGAAUGUAGAUUAUUUAGCAUGGAGUUAGUACCAAAUUGCAUGUACUAAAUAGAUUGGUAAAAAAAAAAUUAUAUUGCUAUUUUUAUUAUUAUUGGUAAUUAAUUUUUACAUUACAAUAUUGGUACAUUUUUUGAACGCUUGCUGAUUGUCCCAGUAGUGUGACAUGCUUAUUACAAUUUAUUAUUUUGUAAAAGUGCAUCAUGCAUCAGUCAAAAUGACACUAUUUGGUAAAGUAAGUAUUGUUGAACAAGUAAGUGUCGUAUUUGUUGAAAAUGGUGCUGUCUUAUUGAAUAUACAGAGUUCGUAAAAAAUAAAACAAACACAGAAAUCUCUUGUUUUAAAAACGAAAUUAGCCUAAAAAUAAAACCAUUAUAUCUUGUGUCUAUAAUUAAGUAUCAAUUGUGCUGGAAGUCACAUAACUUUAAUUCCCAGCUGCCUUUUGCUAACUUGCGUUUGUUUUUUGACUCUCACUUCAGUUUAUAGUCACAUGUGGACAUUAACUUAGAAAAUGUUUUACCUGUCUAAACUUAAAAUUCUGCUCUUUCCUGUGAAAUGUUUUGUUUUGGGAUAUCUAUUUUUAAAAAUCACCAUUUACAAACUUUUGUGGAAAUUUUGUCGAAAGGUUCUGAUAAAAUCUUGAAAUUGUUUCAUUAAUAUUUGCAGAUACCCUGUUAAUGUGUAAUAUUUGGGUAUGCAAAUUUAUCACCAUUUACAAACUUUUGUGGAAAUUUUGUCGAAAGGUUCUGAUAAAAUCUUGAAAUUGUUUCAUUAAUAUUUGCAGAUACCCUGUUAAUGUGUAAUAUUUGGGUAUGCAAAUUUUACAAUUAUCAAGCACUGAAAUGAAAAUUUGUGCACAGUGGAGAUCGUACUAGACUGCAACUGUACAAGAAAAGCUAUCGUAUAUUUAAAAAAAAUCAGCUUCUGCAUAUCGGUAUCCAACGAUUUGGCUCUUUCAACAUCAAAAGAGAACACUAUCUUAUAGCAUGUGAUAGUGUAUUACCUCUUAAACUCGGUUUUAUUGGUAGUAUAUUGCUGGAUGGUGUUGCAGUGUUGGGCUGCCUUUAAACACUGCCCUUACAUCACACAUUCCAUAAAAAAACAUCACAAAUUAGUUUCGUCAUUGAAUUUGAGGUAGUGUUUUUACUGGGACUGAGUAAGUUAUGGUUAGGCAUAUUUAUUAAGUUUGUCGAUUCCUGGUUUUAUUAUGUAUGUUCCAUUUAAGAUAGCUUUAAACACAUAUGUCAUGGUGGUAUACUAGUUAGACCACUCUUACACUCAACAGUUCUGCCUGCCUUGAAACCUUGCCUGAUGCUGUGAAAUGGUAUUACAAGUUAAAUAACUUAACUUUUACAUGCAAUUCAGCUAACAUUAGAAACAUUUAUUUAUAAUGCAAAUUAUGUUAGUAGUUCUUAGUGGUUUUCUGAAAAAGGCCUUAAUUUGAUUUUUAUUGUUUAAGUAUUUCUUAAAUAUUUUAAAAUUUUACUAUGGAUUAAAUAAAACUCCAUAAUAAACAUGUUAUUCCAGUUGCAUAAAAAAAUUUAAUUGCGUAAUGUUAAUUUUCAUUCUUUCAAUUUAACUCUAGCAGCAAACAAUGUUUCACUAGUGCACUAUGUGUUUCAAGAUGCUGUUAGCUCCAAAAUACUGUCUGUGCUUUGUUUCUUUUGUCAGUGAGGGAUAUUUUCAUAAGUUCAAUUUUUGCAUAGUAAUAAAUUUACUAGUUGUGAACUGUGAGUUAUAAAAAUUGAUUCUUAUUCAUAUAUAUGUAUGUGUGAAGUUAUUAAAAUUCCGAAAUGGCUCCUUAAAAACCUUUAAUUUUUAUUAAGGAAACAGGUGGUAACUAUUUGUGGUAUGUAUCUUGUGGAUGUGUGUAACCACGGGUGAUACAUGACCACGUCUUUCUAACUUUGGUUUUUGAGUCUCCAUUAUCGAUACUGUCUGCUUCCCUUUGUGAGAAAUGAAAGUAAUGGGUAGUACAUAUUGUAAAAUUGCCAUCUCCCCCCUCGUCUAGCUUCACUUCCCCAUGCACUGGCCUACAAAAUGAGCAGACUGGAAUAAAUAAUGCUCAACAUCAGCAAAUCCCAUUGCCAGUAGACAGACACAAACAAUCCCUAACUUCCUUCCUCAACCAGAUGAGUGUGCCAGAAGACAACCAUAAUGUUGCUGCUAGUAGUCAAAACAUUUUGCUGUUCUUUCAUUUUUUUGGAACAUAGUUCAUAUUAAAUUAUACUCCUAAGGCCACAGAAAGUAUAAACACCAUUUGGUAUGCUAUCAACUUACAAAGCAACUGUCACUUUAAAUCUGGAUGGAAUAAAAUAAAAAAAAUUAAUUUGUUUUUUAUGUGAAAACUUUUCAAAUUAAAUCCUUGCUAAUAAAUGAUACAUUUUUUUUUUUUUGCAUUUAAGUAUUUACUUUGAGCAAAAAAAUUACCAACGAAGCUUGUUUCUUCACAUAAUUUCUAUCAGACUUGACUUGUAAUAUUACAGUUAAAACUCUCUUAAGAAAUAUUUUCUGCUUGGUAAAUUUAAAAAAAGAAUGAGUACAUGACAUAUUAAUACAUACAAUUUUACCCUUUUUAAGUUUGUCCUGUUGAUAAGAGUCAAAAUUUCGAAGUACCUUGAGAAAUUACUUAAUAGGGAUUUACUAUAUUUGUAUUGGAUACCUGCUGUUGAAACAGCAUCCUUGUGUGUAUUUUGAUUUAAUAUUUUAGCUAUAUUUUCUUGUUUUUAUUAGUUUAGUUAAGUUUGUAUAUUGAAGUUGUAAGUUUUAUAUCAGUAACACUGCAAAUAGCUUUAGUUUGUAUGUGUAGAAAUAGUGUUGAAAUACCAUAUAUUUUUACAUGAAAAUUGUUUAGUUUUAGUUUUUGUGUUACCUAUUGCAUUUAGAAAUAAUGUAGUACACAUGAGUUUUUGUGACUGCACAUUUAAGACAGAAUGGUGCUAAAAUGUUCAAAGGUAGUUGCACAUUUACUCACAGUAUUUAAUGAGUAUGUUAUUUUUAAUUUUAAAAAAAAAAAGUGAUCUGAAAAACAUUUUUGGAUUAGUACUACAUUUUUUUAGUUGUGUGCAGUAAGAAAUUUUAUAACCUUUGUUCAGUUUUUAUUCAUCCUGGAAGUUAUGGGGUAGAGUUUGCACAUUCAUUUAUUUAUAUAUAUUAACUAAACCCCACUGCAAGUUCUAAUUUAACAUGUAGUGAAUACAGAAGGUUUGCCAUAUUUAUGGUUUCCUGGAUGAUGGUAAUCUUGGGUUGUGCUUAUACAUGAUACUACUUUGGCAAAUUAAGUAAAUUAUGAGAAAUGCAUACGUAUGUAGUGUGAAAUAGUGUUGUUACAUUUUUGUAGAUGUUUGUGCAAUUUGAUCCCAAAUCAUAUUUCUGCUUGAGAAUCAUCUUGUUACAAUAUGCACAUUAUAGAGUUCUUUUAUUUGUUAGCAUGGAUAUGUGAUCAUUUUUAUGACUGCUGUCAUAUGUUAUUACACGUUCAAUAAAUCAUGUACCUGUCUA